AAAUAAUCCAUCUCAUUCCCGAUUCAAAUCCGCAAACACCAUCUUCAUUUAUGUGUAGGACAGACUGACUAGUAGUGUUUCAUUCACUCUCUCUCUCUCUCUCUCUCUAACCAUCAGGUCAAAUAUUUUCCCUCAUCUUUCCCUCCAUUUAUCUCCAUCUCCGCUUUCUCUCUCUACACCUCAGCUUUCUCUCUCUACAACUUUUUUGCCGGUUCCGGUUUCAGUUCACCGGCGGUCAGUCCAAAAGCCGAUAGUAAGUAGUAAAAAAAGCGCGCGGUUGAUAGUAUUAACUGUUAAUUCAGUGAGACAAUGGAUUUGGGUGCGUCGUAUAAUCCGCGUACUGUUGAGGAAGUGUUUAGGGAUUUCAAAGGCCGUCGAGCUGGCUUGAUUAAAGCUCUCACUACUGAUGUUGAAGAUUUUUUCCAGCAGUGCGAUCCUGAGAAGGAAAAUCUUUGCCUUUAUGGAUUUCCUAGUGAACAGUGGGAGGUCAAUUUGCCUGCUGAAGAGGUGCCUCCGGAACUUCCCGAGCCUGCUUUGGGUAUUAAUUUUGCCAGAGAUGGAAUGCAAGACAAGGACUGGCUGUCUCUGGUUGCAGUUCACAGUGAUGCAUGGUUACUUGGCGUGUCCUUUUAUUUUGGGGCUAGGUUUGGAUUUGACAAAGCUGACAGGAAACGCCUUUUCAACAUGAUAAAUGAUGUUCCAACUAUAUUUGAGAUUGUGACGGGAACAGCCAAGAAACAAGUGAAAGAGAAGUCUUCAGUUUCAAAUCAUAGCAGCAACAAGCCUAAAUCGAACUCUAAGGUGCAGGAUGUCUCGGAAUCCCAAGCCAAAUAUUCAAAGGAAAUGCAACUAAAGGAUGACGAUGACGAGGAGGAAGAAGAAGAAGAAGAAGAAGAAGACGAAGAUGAAGACGAAGAAGAACACGGGGAGACAUUAUGCGGUGCUUGUGGAGAAAAUUAUGCAUCCGACGAGUUCUGGAUUUGCUGCGACAUAUGUGAGAAGUGGUUCCACGGGAAGUGUGUGAGGAUAACCCCAGCUAGAGCUGAGCAUAUCAAGCAUUACAAAUGUCCAUCUUGCAGUAGUAACAAGAGAGCGAGGCCUUGAUGUAUGCACUAUGGCAUGAUGGGAACUGCCAACUGUGUAAGUAGGUCAGGUUUGUUUUUAGUCUUGCUGUCUUGAUCUAGGAAAUCUAUUUGAAUGGUAUUAUAUUUAGGUGGCAAAUGUUCGAUUAUAAAAGUAAUUAGGAUAUUUUUAAAUUCAGCCUUGAUUGGGAGAAAGCUCUGGUUUAUGCUAAAAAAGCGAAAAUCACAAAAGUCGAAUUUAUGGAAUUGAGUCGAAUGUAUUAUAGCAAUGACAUAUUGACGAGGAUGUUAAGAGUCGCGUCCGACUCAACACUGAAAUGUUGAUAAAGUGAGAUUUUUCCUUGUCAAA